UUCCAUUUUGGAUGCACUAUGCAUGGAUAUUCCAUUAAGUAUAAUGCGAUAAUUAUGAUAACGAGCGAGGUGCUCUAGUCAAGCCUGAACCCUUUUGGAUUGCCAGUUUCAGUUUCUCCUGCCCGCCGUCCUAGUCUCUUCGCCCUUUCGAUCGCCAUUCCGUCUUUCAUCAGUUGACAUCUACCAAGGCGACGUUCGGUCAUGGCAGACGCACUCUGCGGGCCUUCAAAUGCGCUUCAGAAUUUUCAGAAGCAUGCUUCUACAGACAGAACUCUUCAGCAAGACCGAAUAUCAUCACGUCAUACUCCCACACAGGGCUUCCGGUCUCGUAACCCCAAUGAAGGCACUCUAGAUCCCGAGUUUCACGCUUUUGAGUCCGGGCUUUCAGGCCCAGCUGUACCGGAUAUCCAUAGUCCACCGGUCUUUCACGAAAGAGGGCCAGCUCUCUCCCCGUUAAACCACCACCCACAAAAUUCUAGCUGGGCUUCCGAUUUCCAAAACCUCCAUAUUUCAGCGCCAUCUCCUUCAGUUGUUCAACAUCGACUCCAAGCCCAGGUGGCUGUUCAUGCCCCCGUUUCGUCUAGCUGGCAUAAUGAGUUUAUCAACCAGGCCCAACCAAACUUGCAAAAUCCGAUACCGCAGAAGCAAAUGAUGCAUAGCCCCAUGGCGCAUAUGCCAUAUCAACCAAUGAACACAUUCGGGACAAACCACUCAGACCAGUCCCAUAUACUCGAAUCGCAGAACUCGCAGGCAGUAGAGGUUUUUGAUGAGGUAGCAUUUGAAGCGGCAUUCGCCGAGGCCCGCGCUGAGGUUGAACUACAAGAGAACAAGCUCCAGGAAUUGGAAAAUGAAACGCUAAAUGAGGAGAUAUCGUUGGAACCAAUAAAGAUAGGGUCAGAUACAAUACCAGCACAGCAAGCCGUUACAGAUGAAGCCGAGGAACUUGCCCGAACGGCCGGCCAGCUACUCGAGAGCGUCAGUCACGAUAAGAGCCAGAAGUUCAAAGAGAGCAAUUUUCUUGCAUUGAUGCGGCAGCUUCGAGAUCGCGAGGUCACGGUCGAAGGCGACGAAUUCCGCCAAGUCAGUACCCUUCCAUGAAUUUUUCGGCUGCCCACACGGACGCUGGUACUCGAUAAAAUCCUUGAAGGUAACGCUCGUUUUUACUAAUGUGCCUCUUAGGCGGCUCAACCUCUACAUCCAGGUGGACCAUAUUACCCGGAACAGAGGAAGUUGUCGCGCAGAUCCGAUGCGGAGGAUUCUCAAAAUACUUUCAUUCAUCACGACGACACUAGUAAGUUUGGUGAGACUAGGCCACAGACGGGUGUUGCAUGAAGAUCAAAUUAUCGUCUCAAUAGAGACCUGACUCUGGGACCCCAGAUACUCGGCCACUUUCCUCCAAUAUCAAAGGUGCUAGGAAGAUUUCUUCUGAAACCACGUGCGCCGUUAGUGCCGGGGAGGCGUCCAACGUUUUCCAAGGGAGGCUUAACAGCGCAGCGGACAACAGUCCACUUAGAGGAGUCUGGGCACCAUCACUAGUGAAUCCCCGGGUUGGCUUUCCCGUGCCUUGCCUCUCUCCGCAUUGUUUAGAGUCGCACGACAUUAUUAUUUAGCUCUGCUAACUGAUCAGAGAGAUGCUGUCAACUGUUUUCGAGAGCCUGUUCCCUGAAAAUGUAUCUUACACGUUUAGUUUGUAUGAUAAUGCCAGCAAGGGAUACCUUUUGAAUCUACA